AUGCUAACCAUUACGCUUCGCUCUACCAAGUCGCUGCAGCGCAUCACUUGCAAUUCCUUUCGGACUUUUGCUACUACAAACUCGUUUAAUCCUGACACUUACGAGUCCAAAUAUUUGGCCAAAACGUACAAUUCUGAUGGUGUCCGUGGCGAAACUGGUCUCGUAUUUACACACGGCAAAGGCAGCAAAUUAUACGACGAACAAGGUCGUGAAUUUCUAGACUUUUACGCUGGCAUUGCUGUCUCUGGUUUAGGUCAUGGGGAUGAAGAUUGGUAUCAAAGUCUUGUUGAAAAUGGAAAAAAAGUGACGCAUGUGAGCAAUUUGUUCCAUACUCAAGCGCCACUUGAAUUAGCGAAAACACUUGUCGAUAAUUCAUGUUUUGAUAAAGUAUUUUUUGCAAAUUCGGGGACAGAAGCGAAUGAAGGUGCUUACAAAUUCGCACGUUUGUAUGCGAAUCGUGUCGCCGAGGGAACACCUUAUGAAGGACAAAAGUAUGAAUUUAUUUCAUUUAAACAUGGUUUUCAUGGUCGUACAGCUGCAGCGUUAACUUUAACACACAAGCCUAAGAUUCGAAAAGCGUUUAUGCCAUUAGUACCAGGGGUACACUAUGCAGAGUACAAUGACAUUGAUAGUGUCAAAAAGGUUAUAUCAAAGAAAACGGCAGGUAUUUUUGUCGAACCUGUUCAAGGUGAAGGUGGUAAAGUAAAUGCUGAGUGGGUUUAG